AUGCAGAUUCAUACAAACUUUGAGCCAAUUCAGAGUAUGGCAGUAGAGUCUCAAGAGAAUUCAUCAAAUGAAGAAUCCUCUACUGAAGGUAACAAGCUUUUAAAGUCUAUGACUUAUGUGCUCUUAUCUCUUCAGAAGAGCAUGAUAAAGGCCUUGAACACCCAGGAAGAACAAAGAAAGGAUUUUGCCGAAAUUAUCAAAGUUCUUACUGAAUUGGAUAUCACUCUGAAGAAGAACACGAAGUUUCAAGCAAAGGAGAACGCAAAAGCUAAUCCUGAAAGAGAUCAACCUCGAAUCACCCAAGGCGAGUCAAGUAGAAGAAGUGACGGUGUAUCAAUCGACACUAGAUCUAGACGAGCUCCAAGCAACGAUGAAAACCCUAGGCCAACCAAGAGAGGCGGUGGUGAUUGUGGAGGCCGAAGCAGUGGAGGUGGUCGUGGUAGGCAAUCUGGCUCUGAUCAAAGAGAUCGUGCCAGUGGCGGUGAUCGUGGUGGUAGAUCAAGUGGAAGCGGUCCUGGUGGUCGCAGCUUUCCUCCUUUUCUCAACAUGUUAACCGGCCAAGACAUGAGUCCAACCGAUCCUCGA